CCUAAAAUGAAUGGCCAAUGCUUAUAAUGGAUACUGACCGCCAAAAAAGCCCUAGUUACAGCCGUUCAGGCGCCAGCCAUAGCUUCUUUUCCUUCUCCGAUUGAAUUAUGAACUGCGUUUAUUUCGUUCUUUUUUCCUCUUUUCAUUUCCCUCCAUUACUUAUAUCUUAAUUCAAAUCAUCUCUUACUUCUUCAAUCAAUCAACAAUUCCAUUUCUUUUUCUUUUCUUAUUCUCUUUUGAUUUGAAUCCGUUUCUCUCCUUUUAUCGCUUUUACCUUCUGAUCGCCAUGUCUAAAAGGGUCCUAUGCAAGUAUUUUGCGCAUGGAGCAUGUUUAAAAGGGGAAUAUUGUGAGUUUUCUCAUGACUGGACGGCUCCACCAAGCAAUGUUUGUACUUACUAUCAAAAGGGAAGGUGUGCUUUUGGCAGUCGAUGCAGAUAUGACCAUGUUAAAGUUUCUCACGCAGAAUCAUCUUCGAAUUCUCAGCAAUCUCAUGUGUCUGAAUCUGUUUCUAUUGCGCAUCCUCAUUUAUCAAGCCCACUUUCUCCUUUUCCUGGAUCUACAAGCGAGCUUGCUGGUUCAGAGAUACCCAGUCUUCCCUUGCGGGUUGAAAAUGCUUGGAGUGGAGAGUCUGAGCGUCCAGAUGGUCUUGAUGAUUGGGGGAAUGGCGAGGCAAGGAUUAUUCAUCCAGCUGAUAUACCUAUUUGUUCUUUUGCUGCGGCUGGUAGUGAAUGUCCGCGUGGUGAAAAUUGUCCUCAUAUUCAUGGGGACUUAUGCCCCACAUGUGGAAAACAAUGUUUACAUCCUUAUAGGACUGACGAAAGGGAGGAGCACAUGAAGGCAUGUGAGAAAAAGCAAAAACAUCUCGAGUCUUUGAAACAUAGCCAAGACAUAGAGUGUAGUGUCUGCCUGGAGCGUGUUCUUUCUAAAACCGAAAUAGCUGAGAGGAAAUUUGGACUUCUAUCAGAAUGUGAUCAUCCAUUUUGCAUAUCUUGUAUUAGAAACUGGCGCAAUAGUUCAUCUACCUCUGGAAUGGAUGUUAAUAGUGCUUUAAGAGCCUGCCCAAUUUGUAGGAAGUUGUCAUACUUUGUUAUUCCAAGUGUCAUUUGGUAUUCUUCGAAGGAAGAAAAGCAGGAGAUUGUUGAUAGCUACAAGUCAAGGCUGCGAUCAAUAGAUUGCAAGCACUUCAACUUUGGAAAUGGGAACUGCCCUUUUGGAUCAAGUUGUUUUUACAAGCAUUUGGUCAUUCCUGGUUCAUACACAUGGAAAUAUCACAGGCCACCUCCACGCCGACCACACUCAUGGAGAACUCCUCCAAGCAGAUCUAAUAUUGUCGAUAUGGAUGCGUUUUUUGAUAUGUUCGAAGACUUAGAGGAUUUGGAUUUUAGUGGUGAAGAUUUAGAUUUUGAAGAUUUAACACUUUUGGAGAUGGCACUAAUGCACAUGCACAUCGGGAUGGUCGGUUGGAAGAGAUAGCUCUGCGUCAUAUUGGGAAUGAAGAUGGCCUCACUGUUAUAGCUAAAAAUAUUAGGUUGUCGGACUUUCUCAGUGACUUGCAUAUCAGGUGAAGAACCAAUUCAUUCAGAUGUCGAAUUGCUUGGUGUGGAGUCUGAUAUUGAGAAAUGGAAGGGUGGGGUAUCGGACAUGGUGCUUCAAACUUCAUCUUAUACAAAUCAAAUAAAGCUAAAGGCAUUGUCAUAGUGAGAAAUGAAUGUUGGAAAUCCAAGCUUAUUGUUCGGAUGAUGGUGAAAUAAAGGUUAUCUCACAUUCACAUCUCACAUGUAUCACAGCUGAAUAAAAUAAUGUACUGGUUCUUCUACAUGCUGUACUCUAAAACAAUUGGAAAAUGACGGAAUGUAUUGGUUUUGUAUUUUGAAAGGAAGAUAAAUGGGAUUGUCAAUGUCGUGUUUGGUUUGAUACAGAAACAAAAACCAAAAAGAAAAAAAAAAAAACAAAAGUAACAUCAGGGUUUGGCUUUGGAUGAAACAUUGUACUCAAAUUUUACAAUAAAAGAAACAGUUGUUUUUUCUU